AUGUGUAGAAAUCAUGGAAGUCAGGAUGGAAUUGAACAGUCAUACACGUGCAGUGUGAUAAUAGUGGCUUUAGGCGACAACAGUGUCGUUGACCAAACUGUCGACUCUUCUAAGAUUGGAAUGAGACAACAAGUCAAAAAAAAAGGAAAUAUUAAUGGUGAGGGAUAUGAUGAUGAAUUUGGUGAAAGAAAAAAUGAAGCAACAUUAGCAUCAAGCAGUUGA